CAGUCUGACUCGUUGGUGGUGUGUGAUGUGGACCCUGAGCUGAAAGAACGUCUGAGGAAAUUCCGUUUCAGGAAGGAGACCAACAAUGCUGCCAUCUUCAUGAAGAUUGACAAGGACAAACAGCUGGUGGUCUUGGAAAAAGAGUUUGAGGGAUAUUCCCCUGAUGACCUACAGAAUGAACUACCAGAACGUCAGGACACAUUUCUGGUAUACAGUUACCAGUACAAGCAUGACGAUGGGCGCGUCUCAUACCCACUGUGCAUGGUCUUCUCCAGUCCAGCCGGUUGUAAGCCUGAGCAGCAGAUGAUGUACGCAGGAAGUAAGAACAGACUGGUACAAACCGCCGAGCUUACUAAGGUAUUUGAAAUUAGAAACACCAGCGACCUUACAGAGGAAUGGCUAAGGGAGCGCCUGGCUUUCUUCCGUUGA